AUGCCGUUGAGAGCUCAAAGCGAAGAAUGCCUUGACACUUACUAUGACGCAGAUUUUACAAAAUCGAUUACUGUUGACAACGCGCAGGGCGAAUGUUUCUCAUCAAAUGGGAGACAAUAUUUAAGGAAAUAUCAGAAUUUAAGGAUUCCCAACUUAGUCGGAAAUCUCAACUGCUUUGGAUCGAGUCUUCGAUUUUAUCAAUCCAAUACCGAUCUAUCUACUUCUACCGAUAUCCCCUGUCUUGUCAACCGACUUCAAUCAACAAACCCUGCGGUUCAAGCAACGGCUGCCGCUUGCAUACAGCACGUCAUUUUCAAAAAUGAAGAUGCAAAGAAAGAAGCUUGGCAGUCUGGGGCACUCAGUGGAUUGAUCAAACUGUUAAUUUCAGACGAUCCUUCAGUAGUUGCAAAUUCAACCGCAGCCUUACGAAAUCUAACCUCUGGUUCAAAUGUUCAGAUCUGUGUUGAAUUUGAACAGUGCAACGGUUUGAAUGCAAUCACUUGGGUUGUAGACCAAUGUGAUAAAGUUGCUUUCAAGUACGAACAAAAUGCCAACGAUGAAAUAGCAAAAUUUUUUUCUGAACGUAUUCAAAAGAUUCUGGACAACGCUUCUGCUAUUUUCUGCAAUCUCUCAGCCCUUGAGGAAAUGAGGAACAAUGUGAUGGCAGAAACAGUUGUCCCUGUUUUAGCCUCAACUGUUCUUAUCCCAAUCGCGGAAGAGUCUUAUCAAAAUUUUUACGACUAUACAGGAGACAGUCUGCCCCCAUAUACAAGCAUGCUUUAUCGAAACUGUUCUGCUGUCAUUCGGUGA